AUGGCGCGUCCCGGGCCCACCCUGCCGCUCCUCCGGGGCACCACCACCCUGGAGUCGGCCCUGGAGCAGGAGGAGGACAUGCUCCGCGACCUGGACUAUCCCGAGCAACGCAUCGACUUCUUCCCGUCCCUCUACAGCCAGCGCGGGGAGAUCGAGAAACUCGCCUCGCACCACAUGGGCAUCGACUCCGACACGUGUCAGGUCGGCGGCGUGAAGGAAUGGAUCCAUGGUAGCUUCAACCUGUGCAUCCCGCUCUACGUGCCAGAGAAGCGGGCCGUCAUCCGCUUCGCCUUGCCCUACAAGCUCGGGGAAUCCACCCACCCCGGCAAUGUGGACGAGAAGCUUCGCACGGAAGCGGCCACUUUCCUGUGGAUGCAGGAGAACUGCCCCGACAUGCCGAUCCCCCGGUUGGGGGGCAGAUUUACAAAACCCGAGAAUGUCCCAUGGACAGCCCGGGUGCUUUGGUCGCUCCGGCGGUGUAUCGCACGGCUGUUGAGAUAUCCUCUACCGUGUCGCUAUGUCUGCCAUCACCGUUCAUCGAUGCUGGAGACUGGCUACCUGGUCAUGGAUUACGUCGGGGGUCCGGGGGUGCAGAUGCUUUCAGAGACAUGGGAUGAGGAUCGUCACGACCAGGGGAGGAGAAUCAACCUCUUCCGGGGCCUCUCGCGCAUCAUGCUCUCGCUGAGCCGGAUACCCCUCCCACGCAUCGGAUCGUGGACGUUGGACUGCAACGGCAUGCUGCAGCUGUCCAACCGUCCGCUCACCCUGCAACUGCAUCAGUUGGAGAACGGAGGGAUCCCGACCAACAUCGGUCGCAGUCUUACCUACUCCACUGCCGACGCAUACUACCUGGACCUUUUGUCGUGCCACGACAGUCGCAUCCGAUCCCAGCCGAACUUCAUCACCGAUCGGGACGAUGGCCGGGCCCAGAUGGCUCGACUGACCAUCAUGCGAGCGCUCGUCCCCCAUUUCGCCGACCGAGAGCUUCGCGAGAGGCCGUUUCUCUAUCGCCUGACGGAUCUCCAUCCAAGCAAUGUCUUUGUGGACAGCAACUGGAAUGUGAAGUGCGUGAUCGAUCUCGAGUGGGCGUGUUCGCUUCCCGCGGAAACCCUCCGUCCGCCGUACUGGUUGACCGGUCGCUCCGUUGACGAUCUCACGGACGAGCACCUCGACACAUAUCGACAGGCGUAUGAAGAGUUCGCCCUGGACAGCCCGAAAGGUCUGUAUAACCUUUUCGGACAGCAUAUCCAUCCCCUGUUCUCGUCUACCGCUCGCGUGGAUUCAGACUUUCCGCGAAUUGUAUCAGACUACUGGGCUGCCGAUGUAGAGGGGGUAAUUGCCGCCAAGCUCCGAGACAAGGAGGGGUACGAGGAGAUGCUCCGUCGGCGGUUCGAGAAUGCUGCCGAUCAACCCUGAGAAGAGAAGCGUGUCUGUGCACAUAUACCAGGAGGGGGUAAGAAAGCAUGUCGAAUGGGUGGAAAGGAGCUGGACGAUAUCGAAUAAUCUCAUCCCACGUCUGUUUUUGAGCGGGGCUUGCACAUAGGACAUAGCCCAUCUUGUUGAAGCUACCGAGUGCCCAGGUAGGCAUGACAGCUGCGGAUCAGCCCUACAGCCGGGCUGCGGCCCUGGGGCCCUGGCCCUCUGCCCCCUUCCACAUCCA